AUGGCAGAUUGGGAGAUCGGGAGAUUGGAAGAGAGAGAGGAGACGGUGGAGGUGGAUCUUUUUGCUUUUCUAUGCUGGGAUAUUUGGAAUGACAAAAACAAUCUGUUGUUUCAAGGACGCAGUCUUGAGAGUGUAUCAGUGUUUAACAAAGCUUUGGCUUAUCAGACGGAGUUUUACUGUGUAACUCUUGCCCCUAUAUGCUCCCAUAAUAGGCAAGGGCCUAGUCAGAGUUCUGUUAAUUGGCAUGCCCCAUUGGAUGGUCAGUACAAAAUUAAUGUUGAUGGGGCAGCCAAACUUGCUGGGUUAUUACGGGGAGUUGGAGUAGUGAUUCGCAAUGGAAAUAAAGAGUUUAUGGCUGCUUGUUCUCGACAAGUGAUAGGACAUUUUAGUGCACAAGCUAUGGAACUAACUGCUGCAAAGGAAGGUCUUCAGUUCACAUAUGAUCUUGGCUUUCGUGACAUAGUGUUAGAAAUGGAUGCGCAGGGGGUGGUAGAUAGAAUCAACUCUAAUGAAGAGUGUUUUGAAGCUGAAGGGAAUAUAGUGGAAGAUAUCAAGGAGAUGCAGGGGUGGUUUAGAUCUUUCUCCUGUAAUUGGCAACGACGAGAAGGUAACAAGGUUGCCCAUGAGCUAGCUCAAUUUGGCACUCGGAACGCUAGUUUUUUCACAUGGAUUGAGGAGGAGCCAUUAUGGCUAACUCCUUUUCUUUCUGCAGAUAUAGAAGCUAAUGGUUGA